GAAAACCGUUAGAAACGCACCUGUCAACUGUUUCCAGGGUGCAAACUGCAAAGUGUAAACUAUCUAAAAGGCAGACUUGUUAAAUUCAUUUAUAUCCGUGAUAAACUCGUACGGUAGAAGUUUUAAGAAUUACGAAAUGGAUCCAGCGCUGUUAAGGGAGCGAGAGCUCUUCAAAAAGCGAGCUCUCACCACACCAACUGUAGAGAAAAAAAAGAGAGAACCCGAGAAGGAACCGAUCCGUGAUGAGCCGCCAAAAAAAAAGAGCAAGCCAUUAUCCUCCUCUGCCGCGCCAAAGUUGGACAUGGUCAACUACAAGACCAUGUCUGGCAGUUCGCAGUACAGAUUCGGAGUCUUGGCAAAAAUAGUUAAGCACAUGAAGUCGCGGCAUCAGGAGGGCGAUGACCAUCCUCUCACGCUCGACGAGAUUUUAGACGAGACGAAUCAGCUCGACGUCGGAUCUAAGGUAAAACAAUGGCUGCUGACAGAGUCGUUGAUUAACAAUCCAAAGAUCGAAGUCUCUCCAGAUGGAAGAUUCUCCUUCAAAGCGAUGUACAAAAUAAAAGACAAGAAAUCGUUACUCAGGCUCUUGAAGCAGCAGGAUCUUAAGGGACUCGGAGGCAUCCUGCUUGAAGACAUUCAGGAGAGUUUGCCGCAUUGCGACAAAGCUCUGAAGAGUCUCCAGAACGAAAUACUCUUCAUAACAAGACCUUUGGAUAAGAAAAAAAUAGUGUUCUACAACGACAAAACGGCCCAAUUUAUAGUCGACGAUGAAUUUCAAAAAUUGUGGAGGGCUGUUGCAGUCGACGCAAUGGACGAUCAGAAGAUCGAUGAAUACCUUGAGAAACAGGGAAUUAGGUCGAUGCAGGAUCACGGACCAAAGAAGCCUGCACCCAUUAAAAGGAAAAAACCAAACGCAAGGAAGAAGCAGUUCAAGAAACCACGAGACAACGAGCAUUUGGCAGACGUUUUGGAAACCUACGACGACAAUAAAUGAAGCGGAAAUUUAAAGACUUUAUAGAUAGAUGGCUUAAUCAAGGAUUGUAAAUAUCGUUUGUAUAAGAAUGAAUAAACAAUGUGAUUUAUUAUUGUUAUCGUCUAAACUAGCUUGUAAGUACAAAAUAAAUAUAUAUCUAUAAUAUUUUGAACAAUAACUAGUCCGUUUCAUCUAUAUUUCAAUUGCCAUUUCUUUCGUCUCUCUGAAUGAAUAUAUUAAAGAUCAAUAAGCCUCUCGUCUUGCAAUAUUUAGUUACAUCGGAAGUCUACCUAGUUGUAUUCGCGACUACAUAGGUAUGAUGAUUGAACCGAAGUAUAUUGUAG